UCUUUGCUUUAAUUAGAUUUUUUAUUUUUGGUACACAACACCACUGUGUUUUUGUAUUCUCAUCUUAAUUUUCUGCAAUUUGCAAACUUUACCAUCACCUCUCCAUUUACACUACCUGAUACUUAUUCGUACACAUACAAACACACAUAAACCUUACAACGUAAACAAUCACAUUACAAUGGCAGCACAAGAUGGCACGAAUCCUCUGAGCAAGUACAAGCUGGUCUUCCUUGGCGAGCAGAGCGUUGGAAAGACCUCGAUCAUCACCCGGUUCAUGUACGACACAUUCGACACAACAUACCAGGCGACCAUCGGCAUUGACUUUUUGUCCAAGACUAUGUAUCUUGAGGACCGCACUGUGCGGCUCCAGCUGUGGGACACCGCCGGCCAGGAGCGGUUCCGGAGUCUGAUUCCCAGCUAUAUCCGCGACUCAUCCGUGGCACUGGUCAUCUACGACAUCACAAACCGCGAGUCCUUUUCGCAGACAUCAAGAUGGAUCGAUGAUGUGCGCGCCGAGCGCGGAAACGACGUGAUUAUCGUGCUUGUCGGCAACAAGACUGAUCUCAACGAAUCGCGGCAGGUGUCCACUGAGGAGGGUGAGAAGAAGGCGCGCGAUCUCAACACCAGCGCAAAGGCCGGCCACAACGUCAAGGCCCUGUUUAAAAAGAUCGCGCAGGCCCUGCCUGGAAUGGACGCCAGCAUCAACGAGGCCAACCGCACUUCCAUGAUCGACGUUGCCCUGAACGCCAACAGCCCGAAGGCGACUGAUGCAUCGAACUGCGCGUGCUGAGAUGUGCCGAGUUGCGCUGGGAUAUUUGUGAUUAUACUUACAUGCUUAGGACUCGGCUUAGCGUCUUUAUUUGUUUUUUUGCGGCUGCUCUUGAAGUUACUCGUUGAAUUGCAUGCUAUUUUGCUACAUUUAUUUAUUAUUUUUUGGUAAACAGCACCUGAGUCUGAAAGCGCAGCAACACUGGCAACCAACAGUUAGCGUCUGAUCAACAGAUGCUGCAGCCGACAUCCCAGCUCGGCUCAGUACGGCUCGCUCAUAAAUUCCGCGAGGGCCGCCCAUUUGCUGGCUGGUAAAUACCUAUUUCAAAGCGUUGUUUUGCCCUCAUCCCCACACUUUUUUUUGCCUGGCCGAAGCCGAAGUUCGAGGGCCCAGCGAGUUUGGUAUUUUUCGAGCCUUUGCUGUUUCAGCCUGAAGGUUCACUCUUUCUCAUU